AUGGAUGAUAUCAGAUAUGAAUGUCAAAAAUUUGGUAGAUUGGUGAAUGUUGUCAUCCCGCGGCCCAAUCCAGAUCCUCUUCUGACACCAUCAGGAGUUGGAAAGACUUUCUUAGAGUAUGCAGAUUUGGAGGUAGCAUCAAGGGAUAGAUUGGCAAUCAAUGGAAAACAAUGGGGAAGGAACAUAGUGGUGGCUGAAUACUAUCCGGAAAACAUGUAUGCGAUUGGCCAUCUUGAUGGCUGA